CCCCGCCAUUCUCCAGCAUGGCCUCCUCUUCCUCAACGCCUCGAUGCAACUCAAACUCCUUGGAGAACGCCUCCAUUAAAAAACCCGCGAAAGAUGGAACCAACUGGGAACACAACGAAGAAAUUCCUCGUCUGCCAGGGGAAACGAGAGUUACAGACAAGGAGGUCAUUUACAUGUGUCCUUUCAAUGGCCCUGUGAAAGGGAGGGUCUACAUCACAAACUACAGGAUCUACUUGAGAAGCGUGGAAUCGGAUCCGACAGUGGUGUUGGAUGUGCCUUUGGGGGUUAUUGCAAGGAUUGAGAAAAUGGGGGGCGCUUCAAGCCGAGGAGAGAAUUCGUAUGGAUUAGACAUCACGUGUAAGGAUAUGAGGAAUUUACGCUUCGCUUUGAAACAAGAAGGUCACAGUAGAAGAGACAUAUUUGAGCUCCUGACAAAAUACGCUUUUCCACAGUCGCAUAACUUGCCUUUCUUUGCCUUUCUGAACGAAGAGAAGUUUGUGGAAAGCGGCUGGCUGGUUUAUAAUCCUAUGGUUGAAUACAGAAGACAAGGUUUGCCCAACCUCCAGUGGAGGGUAACCUUCCUCAACGAGCACUAUGCCCUCUGCGACACAUACCCAUCCCUCCUGGUGGUGCCCUAUCACGCCACAGACGAAGAUCUCAAGAAGGUCUCUGCUUUCCGAUCCCGGUGCCGGAUACCGGUGUUGUCCUGGAUCCAUCCGGAGACCCAAGCGGUCAUCACGCGCUCCAGCCAGCCCCUGGUGGGCAUGGGGGGCAAAAGGAACAAAGACGACGAAAGAUACCUGGAAGUCAUACGGGAAACCAACAAGCAGCUGUCCAAACUGACCAUCUUCGAUGCCAGGCCCAACGUCAAUGCUGUGGCUAACAAGGCCACCGGUGGUGGAUACGAAAGUGAAGACGCGUAUCCGGAUGCCGAACUGCUUUUCCUGGAUAUCCACAACAUUCACGUCAUGCGGGAAUCGUUGAAAAAGCUGAAAGACAUCGUCUACCCCCACGUGGAAGAAUCUCAUUGGCUGUCAAGCUUGGAGUCCACACACUGGCUGGAACAUAUCAAGCUGGUUUUAACUGGAGCCAUCCAAGUGGCUGACAAAGUGUCUUCCGGGAAGAGUUCGGUCUUGGUGCAUUGCAGCGACGGGUGGGACCGCACCGCUCAGCUGACCUCUCUGGCCAUGUUGAUGUUGGACAGCUACUACCGAACCGUCGUGGGCUUCGAGGUCUUGGUGGAAAAGGAGUGGAUAAGCUUCGGGCAUAAGUUCGCAUCGAGAAUCGGUCACGGAGACAAAAGCCACGCGGACGCAGAUCGGUCCCCCAUCUUCCUCCAGUUCAUCGACUGCGUCUGGCAAAUGUCCAAGCAAUUUCCCACCGCUUUCGAAUUUAACGAACAGUUUUUGAUCACUAUCCUGGAUCAUUUGUACAGUUGUCGUUUUGGUACAUUUUUGUACAGUUGUGACUCCGUCAGAGAGAAAGAGCAGCCCAACCCAAUGGAACAGCGUUACAUGGAGCUCCUGGCCCUGCGGGACGAUUACAUGAAGCGGCUGGAAGAAUUGCAAAUCACCAGCAACCCCAAACUCUCCAAUUCCUCCUCCUCCUCUUCCUCCUCCUCUUCCUCCUCCUCCUCCUCCUCCCAGAUGAUGUCGCAUGUGCAAACUCACUUUUGAAGGAGAAAAGAGAAGCUUCGGCUAUUCUCUCCGAAGCCUCUCGUCACAAAAGCGGUGCUUUUUUCCCCCCCCCGACAUGCGGUGGGACAAAGAGAAGGAAAACUUACGAUGCCUUAUCAGAAGCUUCUUCGGGAAAUGCUCGUCCCUGCGGGGAGGAUCCGAACUCGGGGGAAGCUUUGAAAGAGUGGGUUUUACGUGCCUUCGGAAACCUCUUCGCCUGGGAGUGUGCUCUCCCGCCAUCCUAAAGCGUUGUUUUGUUGCCGAUUACCUUUGGCGCAAUCCAAAUAUAUAGGCGCUUCAGUACUAAUCACCGUUUUGGGGCCUAGCACGGUUUCCUUGGUCCUCCUGGACUCAUCCUUCGUACCGGCUGCUGCUAAGACAAGUCUGGCCUCGAGGAACCAUUUACGACACCACGUCCAUCCGAUGGGCCGCCAUUUUUAACACCUAAGGUGACGGCAUCCACAACAGCAAACUCCCAAGAACGGGAAAACUGUCCUGAAAUUGUGUGCCUGUUAAGCGAUGGCCUUAUUAUCUACAGAGCAGAUUUAACAUUUGACUUUUUUUUUUUGAAAUGAAGGCAGGUGUGUGUUUGUGUGCGCGUGUGGCCAUGUGACUGAUGUUUUGUAAUGGGUUCGCCUUCCCUGAAAUACAUUAAAACCAUUUGCAGGACGAUUGUGCACUGAAGAAACUUAAAAUCCCAGGAGUAACACAACUUGGAAUCUUCCCUCCUGACGCUUUGCACUUCAAUUAGCCCCAGAUGACACCGCUAAUGGCAACAGGAUUGUGUGUGGGAUAUCUGGAGCGCACUAAGUUGUCCGGUUGCCUACAUUUAAAAUUUGCAGGGUGGGGUGCUUUUCCCCCCCCUUCUUGGCCAUUGUGUUGGUCUUCUGCCCAAUUUUAUUUUUCCUUUCCAGGAAUCUUUUUAAAACGUAACUUAACGAGCACUUGUAAAAUCAGCACAAUUGAUUUUUAAUACAUAUUUUGCUUAGGAUAUAAAAUUUUAAAGCUGUUUUGGUCAUUUCAGAAGAAGCGAAGCAUAGGAUUUGCGAGGACUGUUUGUAGCUAACAUGAUUUAUUUUAAAAGUAUUUGGAAGGGGGCGGGGUUACCGUAUGUAAAUUACUUUACGUGUAAGUUUUGAUCUGCAAAAUAUAAGGCAGAGAUUAUAGGAUCAAUGUGUAAAUUGAGGAUAUGGAAGUCUUUUCUGUAAAGUGUAAAUAAUACAAGUCUAAAGGAUAAAGUCAAACUCCAAAAUAAUUAUAAAUUUCUAAGUUGUAGAGGACGUUGGAAUAUUUUAGGAAUAGUAUAUUUUCAGUAUAAGAAUAAAAAUGGAGCACAUUAAUAGAAUAAAAUUGUAUACUAAGAAAUUUGCACUAUGUCUUCAGGGAUAGACUAAAAUACUUAGUACUUUCAAGCUAGCUAGCGCACGGAUUUCCUUUUUUUCAUGUUUGUCCUCUAAAAUUUCAUUCUUUGCUGAUGCUUUUGGUCUCUUAUUGUACCUAUCAGUGGGUACUCUGCUAAAGGGAAGCGAGUUGGGGAAAAUGAAAUACGCAACUUGUAUCACAAGAAACUCAGAUAACCCAUUGUUCUGUUUUAAACGCUAGAGCAGAAAUCUGAAAAGCUACCUAGAAACUCCAACAUAAUCGUCAUUUGUUGGCUUGAAGGUUAUAUAAGACAUCUCUUUUUUCCCCGCUUCCUACCCUGAAACUUUGUGCUUUGUGGUGUAAAUCCACAAGAAAUGCCUGUUUCCUUUGGACUGGGGAGAAUAAAUUGAGACGCAUUUGCCUUUGUUUGUUUUUUCAAAGUAAAACACUACAGCUGUCCAUUCUUGGAGGAAGGAAGUUAACCUAAAGUGGCAAUUUUAAAUGCCUUUGGUCUUUUUCAUUACCUGAAUCCCACCCAUUUGUGUUGCCCAGCACCAAGGCAUAUAGGAUCUCCAUCCGUAGAGAAAUUAAUGUUGUUUGGGGGGGUGGGGGGAGUAUAACUUGGUGAAAAUGCUCUUUUUUUUUUC